AUGCUGAGCAGCACGGUCCUCAGCUUGCUAUCGCUAGCAACCUGCCCUGCGAUUGCAGAAGAGAAGAUAGAGUCUGGCUGCGAUGCACUCAAGCAUGCCUUUCCCGAUAACACCUUUUAUCCCAAGGAUGCAGUCUACGAGUAUGAGUCGCAGAACUUCUGGUCUAACAAUGAGAUCCUAGAACCAGCUUGCGUCUUCCGUCCUACCAGCGCAAAGCACGUUGCUGAGGCAGUCAAGCUCAUGGGCACUGGUCAUACAUCUUUUGGUCUACGUGGAGGCGGACAUAUGGCCAUCGCAGGCGCCAACAAUAUUGAUGGAGGUCCGCUCUUCGUCAUGUCCAAUUUGACAACCCUCGAAUUGGCCAAAGAUAACAAGUCGGUUUGGGUUGGACCUGGCUUGGAUUGGGGAAAGGUUUAUCGCUAUCUUGGCCAACACAAGCUUGCAGUUGUAGGUGGUCGUCUCUCUCCUGUCGGUGUACCAGGUCUGCUUCUAGCAGGAGGCGUCAAUUUCCACGGGAACCAGCGAGGAUGGGCAGCAGAUAACGUACUCGAGUAUGAACUCGUCGUGUCCAGUGGCAAGAUUUUAUCAGUCACUGCAAAGUCUCACCCAGAUCUCUUUUGGGCUCUGAAAGGUGGAUCUAGCAAUUUUGGCAUUGUCACCAAGUUCAAACUCGCCACUUUCCUAUCUGAUCAGAUCUAUGCUGGCAUUUACAGUGUCACUGACAUACCCGGGUUCUUGAAGGCUGUGGCGAAUUUCUCGGCUUUCAAUAAUGACCCUCUCGCACAUAUCGUUCCUCAAGUGAUUGCGGUCGAUGAGGAGACGACUAUUGGCGGUGCGAUUCUCUUCUACGACAGUGAUUCAGACCCGGAACCUGAGUGCUUUAGGCCCUUCUUCGACCUUCCAGCUAUUUCGAACACGUUUGAGAAAAAGACUCUUGCUCAGUUUUCGGAUGAGACUGGCCAGCUCGUCAAUCCCAAGAUCAACGAUCAGUUCAUCGCCGGUACCACUACGGGUAAAACAUAUGAAGAGCUACUCGAAGGAAUCCAGAUAGUGAACGAUGGCUUUCUCAACGCACUCCCCGACUUGUACAAGGUCCUCCCCGUCAAGGACCGUGUGCUCAUCAGUGUCGACUGGCAGCCUGUCGGCUCUCUCUGGACUGAAGCUUCUAAGAAGUACAACCCCGGGGGCAAUGCUCUAGGCUUGGAUGUUGGGAAGCAGGGCACGUACAUUGCUUGGGCAGAGGUUGUUGAGUGGAAUGGUGAUGAGCACAAUGAGGCUGUGUUCAAGUGGAUUGAGGACACGACUUGGGCGAUAGCUAAUGCUACCCAGAAGGCUGGACUGUAUGAUCCUUUCACUUAUAUGGGAGAUGCAGCUGGGUUUCAGGAUAUCUAUGAUGGCUAUGGAAAGGAGAAUAAGCAGAAGCUCCUUCAGAUCUCUCGCAAGUAUGAUCCUUCUCGGACCUUUCAGAAGUACUGGCCCGGAGGAUUUAAGAUUGGACUAUAA